UGAUGAGCUUGUCCAGCAGCUCCUGAGGGACGGUGCUGCCCGUGCCCCACCAAGACUGGCAGCAGCGCCAGGGCCUCCCAGGGCACGGCGCCCCCGGCCCCAGAGUCUUCCCUCUGGUUCUCAUCACCGGCUGUCACCAGACUUGCAUGCAACGUUCUUUUCUUUUCUCUUGUCGUCUUUACGUCCCUCAGCCACGCAACACGGUGAAGCCCUGACGCUCGCUGCCGCGUCGAUACACCCUGAGAACACAAUGCUCAGCGAGAGAAGUCAUACACAGAAGGACACACAGGGCGUGACCCCACUGAGGAGAAACGUCCAGAGCAGGCAACUCUUGAGUGCAUGUAUUUAACAUGCAGGGAACCAGCCCUGACUCCUUGAUCUGGGUCUUCCAGCCUCUAGAGCCUCGAGGACAUCCAUUUCCGUUAUUUAUGCGCCCAGUGCCUGGGGUCUGAUGAUGGAAGCUGACACCGAGGGCGUCACCACGUGCGGGGUGAUGUCAGUGGACGAAUCCCAUGGCGAGGGCCUGCCUGAGGACCACGCACGCCCGGGCCCUCCCCGCCCCCUGCCUGCAGCCCUGCGCCUGGGAGCGGAGCUGGUGCAUCGCGUGCCCGACGUCGUGGAAGUUGGUGUCCCGCUCAUCAUGCUGCAGCAGGGAGGGCAGGUUGGGCGUAGGCUUGGUGAAGUUGGCCACCGUGGCCGCGAUGGCGAUCUGGCAGCUCCCAUCGUGCUGUAGGCAGCCCGGCUGCAGGCCGAAGCAGGCCGCGUGCCCGGACUUCCCCACCCUGCGGAGGGACGUGGAUGGGGCCCCGCUUCGACAGAGGAGCCCCGGCCCACGGCCGACAGGUUCCCCCACGCACGCACCGAGGAUAGAGGUCAGGUCGAAGGUCAGCCCCAGCAGCUCCUGGGAGAUGCCCAGCAGCCCGCGUGUGAGCGCCUGCAUGGGGAAAGCCUCAUUGAGCAGCACGGAGUCGGCCUGCGUGCGGAACCCCAGCAGGCGGGACUUCAAGGCCUGCAGCCUCACCAGCUCCCUGAGGAUCACGCAGUUCUCCUGGAACCCAGAGACGGAAGGCGCUGGGGACCGAGGGCCACGGCCUCCCCGCGGGCCCCGGGCCAGGUCCUUUUGGAACCAGAAACGGCAUGAACGUGAUGGGCUCCAAGGCCAAGGGCAGGAAGAAAUGCGGCCAGUCUUUCCAGGAGCCACCAAGGGGCCUCCCCGGGCUCAACAAGACAAACACGGCUGCCGUGCAGACAGUGGCUCAACCCCACGGCGCCCGAACACCCAGCCCCUGGACGGUGAGACAGCUGUUGCUGCAGGUGGCCCGUGGCUCACUGAUGAGGCCCGGCCCCAGGCGUACGCCACCUUCUCUGGGGCCACCUCUCCGGUCUGCAGUGGGGUUCUCCUGGGAGCCCCCAGUCACCACGGGACCAGCGUGGCCUGUCUGUAGCCCAAGAAGGUGGGGACACAAGACUGUCCCCCGUGCCCCCCGCAUCACCCGCGAGGCCGAGCGAGCACCAGUGGUGUCUGCGGGGAAGAUGAAGGGCUCACGCACAGCCCCCAUCUACAGAAGCACAGACUG